AUGGCUAGCCCUAGUGCGCCAGUGGGCGUUGCAAUCCCCACGCCUACCUAUCUCUUCAGCGCAACCGUGACCCUCGCCAAACCUCUCAACCCAAUCCCCCUUCUUGAGGGUGGCAUCCGCAUUGUCGAACCUAUCACCGGCGGCUCUAUUCAAGGCCCAGCAUUUAACGCUACCAUCGAGGGCGGCGUCGCCUCUCCCAUUAUCGUCAAAAGCGACGACGGAACGAAGGCCCAGAUGGCGUAUAUUUAUGCAUACGGCCACGCGAGCGACGGAUCGCCAUUUUAUAUCGAGGAGAGCGGUAUUGGGUCAGGCGCGACCCAGAACACAAGGCUGAUUAUCCAAGUUGGCGGGAAGUACCAGGGCCUUCAGAGCCUGUAUGUUCUCGGGCAGCCCACCGUUAACGAGGCAAGGACCGUGGCUUCGGUAGAGUGCUUCAGUAUUCCGUUACCGUGA